UUAUUAUUUUUUUUUUUUGUGUGUACUUUGAAUUAUUUUUAUUUUUACGCGUUUUGUGUUAAUUCGUUUCGUAUUUACGGUACCAAGUCUCUUCGCGCCAAUCAUCAACGUCGAGGUUCCGUUCGCUGACAUGGUGACAGAUACAACGAGCGUUUGAUCAGCCCCGAGUCCUCUGCGAAUAUUCACCUGACGGUAUUAAUAGUCGUCGUACCCGAGGAGUACGAGAAGCGGAAGAAGUUGCGGCCGGUUUAACGCCGAACGGAUUCUUUGUAGUUUUUAAUAAAUAAAAACGCGUCAUGGAGGUGGGUCUAAAGAAAGACUCCCCAAUUACUUACAGCAACGGAAAGCGCUUGUUCACCAUUGACCAGAAGGUGGACGCGUUGGUCCGCAUCAAGAUGACUGGAUGCUCAAAGGCCGAAGUGGCCAGGAGCUUGCACGUGGCCGAGUCCACAUUCCGCGGAUGGUUUAAAAACAAGGACAUUGUGAUGAAAGCAGAAGCCAAAUAUAACGAGAUGAAGAGCAGGUCUUCGUCCGCGUCUUCGGACGGCUACAAGUCGGACGAAAAUUCCAAAUCGUUCUCGGUCGACGGAUCAGACAAUAACUCGUCGACAUACACAGAUGAGCGUGAGGGCAGCUUGUCCCGAUUCAGCAGUCCCGACCCGUGCACAACCAAUCCGAUUCGUCGCAGUCCCGAGAGACUUCAUCACCAUAACAAGCUCAAGAUCAAGAAACAACAACUCAACAACGCGUUGAGCUUGUGCAACAACAACAACAUCAUCGGUGGCAGUGGCGGCUUGCUCGGCGGUGGCUUGAUCGGCGGCGGUCUUAACGCCGGCCUCAACGCUAGCCUCAACGCCAGUCUCAACGCCAGCCUCAAUGCCGGACUCAACGCAAGUCUCACCGCUGGCUUUAACGCAAGUCUCAGCGCAACUCUUAACGCGAGUCUCAACGCAAGUCUCAAUGCUGGUCUCGGUGCAGCUGCACUCAACGGCGGCCACGGUGCCGCCGGCCUUAACGCUGGUCUCAGCCUCAAUCAACAAUCGCAACAACUCCAGCAUCAACUAUCUCAGCUCGCUCAUCAUCCAUUGCACCACAACAUGUCUCCACUCGGAGGCCUCAAGGGCGGCAACGCCGCCGCCGCAGCAGCAGUGGCCGCCGCCGCCGCAGCCACAGCCGCAGCAGCCGUCGAUCGCGCGAAUCUCCGUCUCAGCCCAGCUGAAAUCCAAUCCAAGAUCAACAAUUACUUUGGUCCAGGCCCAAUGAUGGCGGCCACUUCGCUACCAGGUUCAGUCAACUAUCUCUCUCCGAAUUUCUCCGCGGAAAAUUCCUACAACAACAAGUCGAGCAGUUUCAUCAACACUAUGGUGACAGCCACACUCAUGGAGCCGCAGGCAUUGGACUUGUCCACUCACUCCAGGAAUAAGUGUAAGGAUUUCAAACCGUCAUUAACCACAUCCACGGUCACAAACACUACUACCACAAAAACGAGCCCGAAAAUACUGAGGCACAAUUCGUACAGAAACCUGUACAAGCCGUAUAAUAGCAGGUGCACCGACGACAUCGAACAUACUAGACAAGGCAUUAAUCCCAGGAACCCAUUGUGGCCAUUGUAAACCAAAAAGAAAAAACCUAAAAUUACUUGUCGCCCACAUAUUUUUCAAAGAACAGAAGAAAAAAACGAAAAAGGACGACAAAUUGACCUAUCUGCUUCUCUUAGAAUCAACCUCUCAAAUUUUUAAAAUUAUAAAACCCUAUUUAAUGCAAUUCAUUAAUUUCCGAACAAGUUCAAUCUAAUAUAUAAUAUAUGUAUAUAUUUGAUAUAUAUAUAUAUUUUAUAUAUUAACGUCAUAAUAUUUAAAA